ACGUACGUCCAUGUUUCGUUGGGAUAUAAGCACUGUUCUUUUCUGCUGCUGGUCAUAGUAGUUUAAAGUUAUAUUCAGCUGUAACAGCUCGGUAAACGUUGAUGAACGGAAGAGAAGUGGAGACAGCAGCUUAAACAGCACCUGGAUGCAGAGGAGGAAGAAAUGUCGGAGGGUUUUGGAAGUAGCGCUGCUCUCGAACAGGAAAAACCUGAAGGAAACCAAGUCUUAGAUGCAGCGUUCAGUCCCGACCAUAAACUGCAUAUAAUAGUGGUUCCUGCAGAUGUUCAGAAGUCAGUACUGGUUAAAGAAGAAGCUCCUGAAGAACAGUGGCCUGAUGUGGACCAGCAGGAUGUAAAUUUCCUCCACAUAAAAGAGGAGGAACAGUGGACCAGUCUAGGGGGAGAGCCACUCAAUGUGAAGGAGGAAACAGAUGUCACCAGCUUUUUAUUCACUUCAGUUCCUUUGAAGAGUGAGGAUGAUGAAGAGAAACCUCUGUUCUCACAGCUUCAUCAACACCAAGAUGAAGUCAGAGCUCUUCUGACCAGAAGCUCAGCUGACCACAUAGAAUCAGCAACUGGUGGAGGAGCAGAAACUACCAAAAAUCCAGAUCUAAAUACUUGUGAAGACAAUUCUGACUCCUCAGAAACUGAAGUCAGUGAGGAUGAUGAUGUGAAUAAUCCUGACUUUCACGAGAAAAACAUAUCAGACUGUGGGUCAAAAACUGAAGACACUGAUAAAGACUGGGAGUCUUUUCCCAGCAGCAUCCCUGAGUUAGAUGGAAAUGCUGUGGACAAAAAUGGACAGAAGCCAUUUUCAUGUGAUUUGUGUGACCGAAGGUUUUUUGUAAAGAACAGUUUAUACAAACACAUGAGAAUCCACACAGGACAGAAGCCAUUUUCAUGUGAUCUGUGUGAACAAAGGUUUUUUGAAAAGGGCAAUUUAAAGAAUCACAUGAGAAUCCACACAGGACAGAAACCCUUCUCUUGUGAUCUGUGUGACAGAAGAUUUUCUGUAAAGAGCAGUUUAUACAAACACAAGAGAAUCCACACAGGACAGAAGCCAUUUUCAUGUGAGCUGUGUGAACAAAGGUUUUUUGAAAAGGGCAAUUUAAAGAAUCACAUGAGAAUCCACACAGGACAGAAACCGUUUUCUUGUGAUCUGUGUGAACGAAGGUUUUCUGAAAAGAGCAGUUUAAAGAAACACAUGAUAACCCACACAGGACAGAAACCCUUUUCUUGUGAUCUGUGUGAACAAAGAUUUUCUCGAACCUGCAGUUUAAAGGAUCACAUGAAAACCCACACAGGACAGAAACCAUUUUCUUGUGAUCUGUGUGAACGAAGGUUUUCUUUAAAGGGCAGUUUAAAGAAACACAUGAUAACCCACACAGGACAGAAACCCUUUUCUUGUGAUCUGUGUGAACAAAGAUUUUCUCAAACCAGCAUUUUAAAGAAUCACAUGAAAAUCCACACUGGACAGAAGCCCUUUUCUUGUGAUCGUUGUAAACAAAAGUUUGCCCUAAAAUACCAAUUAAACAGACACAUGAGAACCCACACAGGAGAGAAACCAUUUUGUUGUGAUUUGUGUGGACAAAUGUUUACCAGAAUGGGUAAUUUAAACAGACACAUGAGAAUCCACACUGCGGGAAAAAGUCAUUUGAAAUAACUCAAAGGCAUGAAGCAACACAGUAGGAAAAAUCUAUUUUAUACAUGUAUACUUUCACACAUAUUGUAAAGUUC